AUGCCGGACGUCAAACGCAGUGUCAAAAUUGUGACGGAGCAAAAGAUCAUUCCAGGUGCCGACAGUGGCGUGACCGGAUUCCCUCUCAGACAUUGGUCUAUGAAGAUUUUCCUCCUCCACGCCGACACAAAGCAGGAGAUUGAUGCAGACAUUUUUGAGUCGGUAACAUACUUUCUCCACGACUCAUUUGGUGACAAGGCGACACAAACCUUCAAGAAGCCACCAUUCCGUGUUGCCGAAGAUGGAUGGGGUGAAUUCGAACUACGAAUCGAAAUGAAAGAUCUCAGUGGCAAGGUUCACAGCAUCCUCCACGACCUCAAUUUCGCCAACGCGCGUUAUGAGACCAAACAGAUCAUCACCUUCAAGAACCCCAAAGGGGCACUCCUCGAGACACUUCGCAACUCUGGUCCUAUUCCAGGAGAGUCCACCUCAAACGGCACCGAAACUGCUAGCAAGAAACGCACAAGCGAGAUCGGGGGAACUCAGAAGAAAAAGAAGGGAGACAGCAAAGUCAUUGACAUGGACAAAUUGGCCGAAGGCCUUCAGAAGCUUGGUGAAGACGACCUUCUUCAGGUUGUGCAGAUGGUGCAUGACAACAAGAGUGAAGAGUCGUGGAUGCGCAACGAUGCCGAACAGGGCGAAUUUCACGUUGAUCUCUACACCCUCCCUGAGAAUCUUAUCAAGAUGCUCUGGGACUUCACAACGGAAAAGAACGCGAUCUCGGCGUCUGCAUAG